CACAUAUACAUACAUAUACAUCUAUAUAUAUAACAUAUAUAUAUAUACAUAUAUAUAUUAUCUGUAACUUAUCCCACUGAAAAGCAUCAAAUUUAAUGCUCGCUCUUUCAUGACAUCCUAAACUCCAAACCACAACAAACUCCAAACCAACCAACUACCACUACGACCACCACAACCAAACCACAUUGCAAACUAAAUCUCGUAAAUAAAAUUACAACUACAACGAUCGAAUAAACGACGAACAAAAAAAAUAAAAAAAAUAAAAAUAUAAAAAGAGCAGCUGCUACCGAACGUUCUGUGGCCGAUCAAUAGACACUUCCACAUCCGCAUUCGCAUUCGCAACAGUCCGCCCGCAUCUUGCAUCGAAAGUGAAAAGUGAAUAACAGCUAACAACAACAGCCACAAAAUGAUGAUGGAGAACGGUCUCUCCAUGGAGUAUGGAGAUGGAUACAUGGAGCAGGAAGAGGAAUGGGAGCGCGAGGGACUGCUCGACCCCGCGUGGGAGAAGCAACAGAAGAAGACAUUUACCGCAUGGUGUAACAGUCAUUUGCGGAAAGCCGGCACUGCCAUUGACAACAUCGAGGAGGAUUUCCGUAAUGGUCUGAAGCUGAUGCUGCUGCUCGAAGUGAUUUCGGGAGAGACGCUGCCCAAGCCAGAUCGCGGCAAGAUGCGUUUCCACAAAAUCGCGAAUGUGAAUAAGGCUUUGGACUUUAUUGCAUCGAAGGGUGUGCAUCUGGUGUCGAUAGGUGCGGAGGAAAUUGUCGAUGGCAAUCUGAAAAUGACGCUCGGCAUGAUUUGGACCAUCAUCUUGCGUUUUGCCAUUCAGGACAUAUCUGUGGAGGAGAUGACUGCCAAGGAGGGUCUACUGUUGUGGUGCCAGCGCAAAACGGCGCCCUAUAAGAACGUCAACGUACAGAACUUCCAUCUGUCGUUCAAGGAUGGCUUGGCCUUCUGCGCUCUCAUCCAUCGCCAUCGUCCAGACUUGAUCGACUAUGGCAAACUUUCCAAAGACAAUCCAUUGGAGAAUCUGAACACUGCCUUCGAUGUUGCUGAGAAAUAUCUAGAUAUUCCAAGGAUGUUGGAUCCAGAUGAUUUAAUCAACACUCCGAAACCGGAUGAACGUGCCAUCAUGACGUACGUCUCCUGCUACUAUCACGCCUUCCAGGGAGCCCAACAGGUUGGAAAUGUGACGCAUGUACCCGAACCCACAAGACAAUACACCUACGUCCCGAAUAAUUACAAUGCGGAAACCGCGGCAAACCGUAUUUGCAAGGUCCUGAAGGUUAAUCAGGAGAAUGAGCGUCUCAUGGAGGAGUACGAGCGUCUGGCUAGCGACCUCCUGGAAUGGAUCCGUCGCACGAUGCCGUGGCUGAACUCCCGCCAGGCGGACAACUCGUUGGCUGGGGUCCAGAAGAAGCUCGAAGAGUACCGCACGUACCGUCGCAAGCACAAGCCACCACGUGUUGAGCAGAAAGCAAAACUCGAAACUAACUUUAACACCCUGCAGACGAAGCUGCGUCUGUCUAACCGUCCAGCCUAUUUGCCCACUGAGGGCAAGACCGUUUCAGACAUCUCAAAUGCUUGGAAGGGCCUCGAGCUCGCCGAGAAGGCGUUCGAGGAGUGGCUCCUGGCCGAGACCAUGCGCCUGGAACGCCUUGAGCACUUGGCCCAAAAGUUCAAGCACAAGGCCGAUGCCCAUGAGGACUGGACGCGUGGCAAGGAGGAGAUGCUGCAGUCGCAGGACUUCCGCCAAUGCAAGCUGAACGAAUUGAAGGCCCUGAAGAAGAAGCACGAAGCCUUUGAGUCUGACUUGGCCGCCCACCAGGACCGUGUCGAACAAAUUGCCGCCAUUGCCCAAGAAUUGAACACCCUAGAGUACCACGAUUGUGUGUCGGUGAAUGCGCGUUGCCAACGCAUUUGCGAUCAAUGGGAUCGUUUGGGUGCGCUGACCCAGCGACGUCGCACCGCCUUGGAUGAGGCCGAACGCAUAUUGGAGAAGAUCGACAUCUUGCAUUUGGAGUUCGCGAAACGUGCCGCACCGUUCAACAACUGGUUGGACGGAACACGCGAGGAUCUGGUCGAUAUGUUCAUUGUACACACGAUGGAGGAGAUUCAGGGCCUGAUUCAGGCGCACGAUCAAUUUAAGGCGACACUGGGUGAGGCCGACAAGGAAUUCAAUUUGAUUGUGAAUCUGGUGCGUGAGGUCGAAUCGAUUGUUAAGCAACACCAGAUCCCUGGUGGUCUCGAGAACCCCUACACCACACUCACAGCCAACGAGAUGACGCGCAAGUGGAGCGAUGUGCGCCAAUUGGUGCCCCAACGCGACCAAACGCUUGCCAACGAGCUGCGCAAGCAGCAAAAUAACGAAAUGCUGCGUCGCCAGUUCGCCGAAAAGGCGAACGUGGUCGGCCCCUGGAUUGAGAGACAGAUGGACGCCGUUACAGCGAUCGGAAUGGGCUUGCAGGGUUCGCUGGAGGAUCAGUUGCAUCGCCUCAAGGAAUACGAGCAGGCGGUCUAUGCCUACAAGCCCAACAUUGAGGAACUGGAGAAGAUCCAUCAAGCUGUCCAGGAGUCGAUGAUCUUCGAGAAUCGUUACACCAACUACACGAUGGAGACAUUGCGCGUCGGCUGGGAACAGCUGCUGACCUCAAUUAACCGCAACAUCAACGAGGUGGAGAACCAGAUACUGACCCGCGACUCAAAGGGCAUCAGUCAGGAACAGCUGAACGAGUUCCGUUCCAGUUUCAAUCACUUCGAUAAGAAUCGCACCGGACGUUUGACGCCCGAAGAGUUCAAAUCGUGCCUCGUCUCAUUGGGCUACUCCAUUGGCAAGGACAGACAGGGUGAGAUGGACUUCCAACGCAUCCUCGCCGUUGUCGAUCCCAAUAACACCGGAUACGUUCACUUUGAUGCUUUCCUCGACUUCAUGACCCGUGAGAGCACCGAUACCGAUACCGCUGAGCAAGUCAUUGAUUCGUUUAGAAUCCUGGCCGCCGACAAGCCAUACAUAUUGCCGGACGAGUUGCGUCGCGAAUUGCCGCCAGAUCAGGCCGAGUACUGCAUUCAGCGCAUGCCACCAUACAAGGGACCCAACGGCGUGCCCGGCGCGCUCGACUAUAUGUCCUUCAGCACAGCUCUCUACGGCGAGACCGAUUUGUAAAGCCCCAACUCAGACGAAGAUGAAGUAGUAGAAGAAGAUGAUGAUGAUGAAGAAGAAGAAGCAGUAGCCAGAUGAUAUAAUAAUAAAUUUUAAUCAUAAUAUUAUUAAACAUAGAUUUAUUAUACCUACACUCGUAACGGUAACUUCAAACUUCAAGGGAGAUUAUUAUAAUCCGCAAAUACAUACAUAUAUACAACCGAUGUAUGCCGCUAUUUUUGGACCAAUUGUAAACCUAUUUAAAAAAAAAAAAAAAAAAACCCCAAAACAACAGUAAAAAUCACAAAAACUAUGGAUACGGAAUAUAUCCAAGAAAAAUUUUCGCUUUGAUUUUGACACCCUUUGUUUUUCAUUUACAUACAAAUCUAUCUACCUAUCUAUCUUCUAUAUCUAUCCAUCCAUGGAAAUUAUCAGUAAAAUAUGCAAAUAUACUUACAUAUAUAUUUAUAUGCAGAGUCUGUGAAUCUUACAGACUAAAUAUUUAAAAAAUAAAACCCACUGAAAAUAUGUAGAGUAGGUGGCAGACAUGCAGUGGAAGCGAAAGAGAUAGAAAUAGAGGGAGAGAGUAAGAGAGAGAAAGAGAGAGAGAGAAGAACACAUGAACAAUACACAUGGAGAGAGAAAGGGAGAACGAUAUAAUCUGUAAUGAAACAGAAGAUAUUCAACUAAAGCAAAAGUUCUCUUCCAUUGAAUAUUUUUAAAACAAGAAAGCAAAAAAACGGCGAAAACAACAACACAUAAAAUGAACUAUUUUUAUAAUGAAAUCUCGGAGAGAUCUUUGAUAUAUCACAGUAAAAUUGUAAUAUUUUUUUUAGUGUACUUAAAGUUGGAACUAUUCCGACGGCCCAAAUGGAAUACAAAUUAUAAAUUAUUUAUAUUGAAACUAAAGAAAUAUUCAUCGAAAUGAAAUUCGUCACAUUUAUUUUUGGAUAAAUCGCAUUGCAGCGAAAUUAUAACGAAUACACAUACAUACACACACACACACAUACAUACAUAAUAAAAAACAACAAUAACUAAGAAUUAAUAGUUUACAAAUCCAAUUACAAAACGUACAUACUAUACGAGAAAGUGAAAUAAAGCGAUUUUAUUUGGUGA